UCAUGCCUAUGUAAAAUAAUGCAAAACCGACCUAGUGAACACGCACAAUCGCUUGGGAAGGCAUAGGUGCUCACACACACACACACACACACACACACGCGGCUGUCAGUGAUGUCAUUUGCCAGAAGGUGAAGAAGCAGACGAAGCAGGUGGAGGUUAGUGCGUUUGCCUGCUGAAGGCGUUUUGACAGCCACGUCGUUCAUGAUUUGUCGAGAAGCUGUAGAGAGCUCAGACGGACGCACUGCCUGCUGCGCGAUGCGCCACAUUCACACGGGCGGCUGCACGGAAAAUGGUGGCGCUUAAUUCAACGGCCGGCUGAUAACCACUCCUUUAAUUAUUUGUCCUUAAUACCUACUAACGCCUGGCGACAAGGGUAGGCUAUUCGUGGCGUUUGACCAUGAAUCCGGCGGAGCAGACGGUUACAUGGCUCAUAACCCUGGGUGUGAUGGAGUCGCCGAAGAAGAGCGUGUCGGACCCGGCGGCGUUUCUGCAGCGCGCGCUGAAGGACGGAGUCGUGCUCUGUCGGCUGAUCGAGCGCCUGCGCCCCGGUACCACCGAACAAGUUUUUCAGGAGCCCAAAACCGACAGCGAGUGUCUGAAUAACAUAAAGGAGUUCCUGAAAGGCUGCGCUGCGUUUCGUGUCGAGCCAUUUGAAGCAAGUGACCUGCUGCAAGGCCAGAACUUCAGCAAAGUUCUCACCACAUUGGUGUCACUCAACAAAGUGACUGCAGAUAUUGGCAUUGGCAGUGAUUCUGUAUGCACCCGUCAUUCUACUGCCCAUCGGAUCAAGUCCUUUGAAUCCCUGGUCUCGCAAACAUCACUGGGCCGAUCAUCCAAACUCCUCCAUAACCAGUUCCGAAGCCUGGAUAUGACGGAGAAUAGUAACACCCAGUUGGUGGUGAAAGCCCGCUUCAACUUCCAGCAGACCAAUGAGGAUGAGCUCUCCUUCGCCAAGGGUGACAUCAUCACAGUCACCCGCACGGAGGAGGGAGGAUGGUGGGAGGGCAACCUCAGUGGAAAGACUGGCUGGUUUCCAAGCAACUAUGUCAGAGAGGUCAAAGGUUGUGACAAGCAAGUUUCCCCUAAAUCUGGAACACUGAAAAGCCCCCCGAAAGGUUUUGACACCACUGCCCUAAGCAAAACCUACUACAAUCUGGUGUUACAGAACAUUUUAGAAACGGAGACAGAAUACUCAAAGGAGCUGCAGAAUCUUCUGACCAACUACCUGAGGCCACUUCAGAACACAGAAAAACUUGGCUCUGCAGACGUCAGUGUCAUUAUGGGGAACCUGGAGGAAAUCAGCACCUUCCAACAAACUCUUGUCCAGUCACUAGAGGACUGUACUAAACUUCCAGAGCUGCAACAGAAAGUAGGGGGCUUUUUCUUAAACCUUAUGCCAAAAAUGAGAGCACUGUAUACAGGUUACUGCUCAAACCAUCCGUCAGCUGUUAACAUUCUCACUGAUCACAGUGAGGAGUUAGGAGACUUCAUGGAGAGUAAAGGAGCAAGUUCUCCAGGCAUCCUCACUCUGACCACAGGCCUUAGCAAACCUUUCAUGAGACUAGACAAAUACCCAACUUUACUGAAAGAACUGGAGAGACACAUGGAGGAGGGUCACCCAGAUCGGACUGAAAUUCAAAAGUGCAUGACAGCAUUCAAGAAUCUUUCUGCCCAGUGUCAGGAGGUGCGGAAACGGAAGGAGUUGGAGUUGCAAAUUCUCACAGAAUCCAUUCGUUUGUGGGAGGGUGAAGACAUCAAGACUUUUGGCUCUGUGAUCUACAUGAGCCAAGGCAUGGUACAGAGCCAUGGCUGUGAGGAAAGGAAUGAACGUUACCUCAUGCUUUUCCCUCAUGUUCUACUUAUCCUCUCGGCCAGCCCAAGAAUGAGUGGCUUCAUCUACCAGGGCAAGCUGCCUUUGAAUGGAAUGACAGUAACUGCUUUAGAGGAGUGUGAAAGCCAUAAAAAUGCUUUUGAGCUCUCGGGUUGUAUGUUUGAGAGGCUGCAGGUUAUCUGCUUUAAUAAGAAUGAUCAACAGGAUUGGUUGGAGCACCUGAACCGCCAGACCAAACACACAUCCAUGACUGCUCCAAGCAUGAAACCACUCACAGUCCCUUGCCACACGCUCCCAUCCCACCCUCUAACACCAUCCAGACACGCAGAGAGCCGAGGCCUGACUGUGGCUCCUGCCUACCACACGCUCCCUCACUCCUCCUCUCAUGGAGUGCCACAAAGCACUGUAAUGUGGGGGCCUUUGGAACCUCCCAAAACCCAGAAACCUUGGAGUCUGAGUUGCUUGAGGCCAGCACCCCCACUCAGACCAUCAGCUGCUCUCUGCUAUAAAGAGGAUCUCAGUAAAAGCCCGAAAAGUAUGAAGAAGCUGCUGCCCAAACGGAAACCUGAAAGGAAGCCAUCCGAUGAGGAGUUUGCAUUGAGGAAAAGUACUGUAGCACUGGAAGAGGAUGCUCAGAUCCUGAAAGUUAUUGAGGCCUACUGUACGAGUGCCAAAACCCGACAGACUCUCAACUCAAGACAGAGGAGAGACACUGCUCCAGCCCUGAUACUACCUGCAGAGGAGAAGAUAAUCGUGGAGGAGAUCCAAAGUAAUGGACAGACUGUUAUGGAAGAGAAGAGUCUCAUAGAUGUUGUUUAUUCACUAAGAGACGAGGUUCAAGAACUUAAACAGGACAGUAAGAAAAUGAAACGGUCUCUGGAAGAGGAGCAGCGGGCUCGUAAAGACCUGGAGCGAAUUGUUCGGAAAGUUCUAAAGAAUAUGAAUGACCCAUCUUGGGACGAAACCAAUUUGUGAGAUCAUGAGAAAGCAUCUUACAGAAAUACUUGGACCUUACAACUGACAUGACCAUGCAACCAUGCGAGAAGGGAAGUGGUUGUAAUUCUGCAUGAACUGUUCCUGGUUUACUUCAGCUACGAUACUGUUAUAGGUAACCUCACUGAGAAUUGUACAUAUUACUGCUCUGGAUUGUUUGUGAACUGUGAACUUGUGUUUCAAGAUACUCCAUGUGUAAUUUGUAAAUAUUACAGAGAUAAUGGUAUAAUGGUAUGUAUUCCAAAUGUCCAACUGUAUUUUUUCUCCCCUCUCCAUUUUCAAGUGACUUGAGACUAACUUUAUAAUGACUCAUUCGGCUAGGUUUCAACACGCUCUACUAUAUAAUGAAUACGAAUUAACUUUUAAAAUGUUAUAAUGCAUGUUCUGUUGUGGCUUUUCAUGAACCGGUUAAUGCCAUGGAGGGUCUUUCUUUCUUUUUUUUCUUUCUUUUUUUUGGGGGGGGGGCAGGGGCAGAUGUUGGCAUUUUGUUUUUUGCUAUUUAACAGUUAUUCCAUGAAAUCGAGUCACACAUGAGCUGAUAGCUAACGAGGUGCGUAGUGCCAAGUUGGCUAUAAGCCAUGUAUGACGAGAUUGAGUGGAAUAACUGUUUUAUUAUAUCCACAUUCACUGGAUUUUGAGAAACAGCAUUUUUAUUUUUUGCAAAUUUGAUGAAUAAAAACUUUAUACAAAACGUCCGACAAAAUCAUUUCCGUUUAGAAUGUAAACAAACUGGUGAAACGAUAGUAGCAAUUUGUGAAAAAUGCUAUAAUAAUAAUAAUAAUAAUAAUAAUAAUAAUUCUUGAAAAAUAAAAAUUGUACAUUUUUACCGUCAAAUACUUUUAUUCCAUAUUUUGUUGCUUUUUUUGUAUUUUUGGGGGUUUGUUUUCGAGUACAUUUUUUAUUUCAUUCUCAGUUGGUUCAGCAACACGCUCUGCCAUUUUGUUUUUCUCUGCUCAUGGUAUAUGAGCUGAUAGCCUAGUAAUAGAGUAGCCAAUCAGAGCGUGCGAUUGCUCAUAUCCAGUGAAUGUGGAUAGAAUAAAUUACCACUAGCCCUUGAAGCAUGAUUCUAUACUAUUUGUAGCUGUACUUAACGCUUACUGAGUCAAAUUCUUAUGUAUGAGCUGAUUGUUCUGUGAAUGCUCAUUGAGGACAGUCAGGACAGGAAUUACCUCACCAAAACACUUUCAGUGUGUAUACUGAUGACGCUUCACCUCCACACGACUCCCUUUGUCGUUGUAAAUUCUGUAAAUAAAGAUGUUUUCUUACAA